AUGUUGUUAUGUGGAAAGGUUUGUGACCGAGGAAAGGGGAUACUACAAUCUUAUCAAAUCAUAGACGAGCUGGAAAAAGUGAUUCAAGAGGAUGAAGGAUUGCAGAAGCUCAAGGACAGCCCCUUCAGCAAAGUCUUACAGUCUGCCCAGGAAGCAAUUGUUCUACCUCCUUUCGUUGCUCUUGCAUUUCGUCCAAGACCUGGUGUUUGGGAAUAUGUUCGAGUCAAUGUGUAUGAACUCAGUGUGGAUCAUUUGACUGUUGCAGAAUAUCUUCAGUUCAAGGAAGAACUUAUAGAUGGAGAGUGCAAUGACAACUACGUGCUUGAACUUGAUUUCGAGCCAUUUAAUGCAGCAUUCCCUCGACCAACCCGGUCAUCAUCAAUUGGAAAUGGGGUUCAAUACCUUAAUCGUCACUUAUCCUCAAUUAUGUUCAGUAAAAAAGAAAGUUUGGAGCCUCUUCUGGAUUUCCUUCGUACGCACAAACAUGAUGGCCAUGCAAUGAUGCUAAACGAUCGGAUUCAUAGCAUAUCGAGACUUCAGUCUGCUUUAGCAAAGGCAGAGGAUUUGACUUGCAAGGCAUGGGGUUUGAGAGAGGGUGGGGUGACACAGCACAGCGGGUGUCAGAGAUGGUGGCAUCUACUCUUGGAAAUUCUUCAGGCUCCUGAUCCCUCUACCCUGGAAACUUUUCUUGGGAGGAUUCCUAUGGUGUUCAAUGUUGUCAUUGUGUCUCCACAUGGCUACUUUGGCCAAGCAAAUGUCUUGGGUUUGCCUGAUACAGGCGGGCAGGUUGUUUAUAUACUGGAUCAAGUGCGCGGCCUGGAGAAUGAGAUGCUUCUUAGAAUACAAAAUCAAGGACUGGGUGUGAUACCAAAGAUUCUGAUUGUUACCCGACUAAUACCUUAUGCAAAAGGGACAACAUGCAACCAAAGAUUGGAAAGAGUCAGUAGUACAGAACACACACAUAUCUUACGGGUACCUUUCAGGACUGAGAAUGGAAUUCUGCGGAAAUGGCUUUCAAGGUUUGAUGUGUGGCCUUACUUGGAGACCUUCGCAGAGGAUGCCUCGAAUGAAAUUGCAGCUGUGUUGCAAGGUGUUCCAGAUCUGAUCAUUGGAAACUACAGUGAUGGAAAUCUUGUUGCAACUCUGUUAUCUUAUAAACUAGGAAUUACACAGUGCAAUAUUGCUCAUGCAUUGGAGAAAACAAAGUACCCAGAUUCUGAUAUAUAUUGGAAAAAACAUGAGGACAAGUACCAUUUUUCUAGUCAAUUCACUGCUGAUCUUAUUGCAAUGAACAAUGCUGAUUUCAUAAUCACCAGCACAUACCAAGAGAUUGCAGGAAGCAAGAAUAAUGUUGGACAGUAUGAGAGCCACACAGCUUUCACACUUCCUGGGCUGUAUCGAGUUGUUCAUGGGAUUGAUGAAAGAAGACUUACUGCUCUACAUGGCUCGAUUGAAGAACUCUUAUAUGGGGCUGAACAGAAUGAGGAGCAUAUUGGAAUCUUGAGUGACCGAUCAAAGCCUAUUGUCUUUUCCAUGGCAAGACUUGAUAGAGUGAAAAACUUAACUGGCCUUGUUGAGUGUUAUGGCAAGAGUACCAAGCUGAGAGAACUGGUAAAUCUUGUUGUGGUUGGUGGUUACAUAGACGUCAAGAACUCUAGGGAUAGAGAAGAGGUCGCAGAGAUUGAAAAGAUGCAUGAUCUCGUUAAGAAAUACAACUUGAGUGGCCAGUUUCGGUGGAUUGCAGCCCAAAUGAACCGUGCCCGUAAUGGUGAGCUAUACCGCUACAUUGCAGACACAAAAGGUGUCUUUGUGCAGCCUGCUUUUUAUGAAGCUUUCGGCCUCACCGUUGUGGAAGCCAUGACUUGUGGCCUUCCUACUUUUGCAACAUGUCAUGGUGGUCCUGCUGAGAUCAUUGAGCAUGGUAUCUCCGGGUUCCAUAUUGAUCCCUAUCAUCAAGAUCAAGUGGCUGCACUUCUGAUUGACUUCUUUGAUCAGUGCCAGAAGCAUCCUGGCUACUGGGAAAAGAUAUCUGAAGCGGGCCUCAAACGAAUUUAUGAAAGGUACACUUGGAAGAUAUAUUCUGAGAGGCUGCUCAAUUUAGCUGGGGUUUAUGGCUUCUGGAAGCAUGUGUCUAAGCUUGAGAGGCGAGAGACAAGGCGAUAUCUGGAUAUGUUUUACAUUCUCAAGUACCGAAAUCUGGUGAACUCGAUCCCGCUGUCUGUUGAUGAGCAGCAUUGA